AUGGGGCGCUCUCAGGAGCUCAGUGAAUUCACGCAUGGUACCGUGAUAGGUUGCCACCUGUGCAAUAAGUUCAUCCAUGAAAUUUCCUUGCUACUAAAUAUUCCACAGUCAACUGUUAGUGAUAUUAUAAUAAAGUGGAAGCAACUGGGAACAACAGCAACUCAGCCACAAAGUGGUAGGCCACGUAAAAUGACAGAGGGUUGGCCUUGGCCCCUUAGUUCCAGUGAAGGGAACUCUUAAGGCGUCAGCAUACAAAGACAUUUUGGACAAUUUCAUGCUCCCAACUUUGUGAGAACAGUUUGGGGAUGGCCCUUUC